AUGUUUAGGUUAGGUCAUAAUAGAUUGGUGAAUAGUGGUUUGCGUUUUCAAUCUACCUUAGGCACAGUUUCUGCUGAGAAAUUUCUUCCUAAUGCGGUGAUACAAGAGAGUAAGUUUGUUCUAGCCACUGUUCGUUCAUUCCCUUCAUUGGAACCAGUAAGUUUUGUUCCAGUUUCAUCUACGCAUUUGAAUGCUCCGAUUAGAAGAGAUAUUCUGUGGCAGGCUGUAGUUUAUGAAAAUGAUAGAAGAAGAGUCGGUGCCUCUAAUCCGCCAGGUAGAAGUGAAAAUGGUUAUUCCCGUAGAAAAUUGCAUAAACAAAAAGGUACAGGUAGAGCAAGAGUUGGUGAUGCAAACUCUCCAACCAGACACAACGGUGGUCAAGCAUUGGCAAGAACAGCUCCUAAUAAUUAUGUUACUGAUUUACCAGCAAAAUUAUAUUCAAAAGCUUUUAUCAAUGCAUUAAGUCAUCAAUAUCAAUCAGGUAAUUUAAUUGUCAUCGGUAACAAAGAUUAUCGUUCAUCAACUUUGGAAGAGGUAUUAGAAGAUUCAUCAUGUCCAACUGAUUUAAACCAAAUUGAACUAUUACCUUCAACUGAAACCGGUGAGGGCGCUGAUUUAGUCUUUGACAAAUUUUUAAAUGAGCAUAACCUUGGCAAAAAGAGAUUAUUAUUCAUUACCAGUUUCCCAAAAUUUGAUUUCAUGGAGAAUACUCAAAAACAUAGCGAAAAGGUUGAUGUUAUUCCAAAGGAGUUAAUAGAAGUCAAUGAUAUUUUAAAGGCACAGAAAAUAUUCAUUGAUCUUGAGGCUCUAAGCUAUUUAUGUGUGAUGCAUGGUACUGAUUGA